UGGCUACGCGGAGCUCGAUGACAGAUGGUCGGUCGACACGAUCCAAGCGCAAGAAACAAGCGGACGCUCUGAUGGUGAUUUACUACGACCGCGAUUCGAGUUUCCGUCUCCGUUCGACGUUGCAUCCGGUGUCCUGUCGCCUCGAUCGGUAUCCCUGCAAGUCAGAGAUUGUCGCCUCUUCUUGUCUCUUCGUCACUCCUCUGAUACACUGUAUCGAUUCGGACGAGGUGGGAGGCAGUACGGUGGUAGCCGAGGGUGUAGUAGGCGGCAUAAGGGGCCCAGGCGGCGGGUGCCGCGCAUCCUCGAUGACGAUGGCCGAGAGCGCCGUGGAGGACGCUGCAGCCGCGCCCCCGGGUCCGGCCAAGCCGCCACCGCCCUCCUGUACAAACAACAACACCCUGGCGGCGACUGCGAACCGGAACCAUCGGAACCUCCGCAGACGGAAACGGCUCGAUCAGGUGGUGGACAUCCUGCAACACCGUAGCUCGCCCAGCGAGGGUGAGGUCCUCAAGUUCGAGGGCAGCGGGCCAGCGUCGGAGGAAGAAGAAGACGUGUUCGGUUCCCCCAGGACGUUCUCGAGAUCGGCGACGGACGCGCCGUCGGGCAUCAGUCUGCUGCCUCUCAGGCUGAAGAGCGAAGAGCCUGUGACGCCCACCGAGGAGCAAAGAAAUUCGAACGAUGACGAUCAACAGCAGCAGAAUCACCAUCCUCAUCAUCCUCACUAUCACCCUCAUCACUAUCGUCAUCGGCACAGGCAUCAUCACAGGAACAACGCGAAUCACGCGUACGAUCACCUUCACCCGCCUCAUCAGAGAUCCUCGACGCCCAAGUACGCUGGCUGCAGCUGCGUCCAGUGCUCCCAGUCCAUCUCCUCUCCGAUGGUCCUUCCCUCUCCCACCACCCCGCUCACACCCCUCACUCCUCUCACACCGCUCACUCCGCUCAACUUGCCGCCCCUCGCAUUGCCGCCCCUCACGCCAGGAUCCCUCUCGUCGUACAGCUUCGAGCAUUACAUGCACACCAAGUACCUGCCUGACAUCUUUCGAGGACGUAGUCACUCGGACUCGGACCUGGUGCCGGGAUGGGACCAGAAGCCACUGCUCUCGACCUCCUCGAUCUUCGUGAACCAUCCGUUGAGGUGCGGUUCCCUCGAGAGCGACACCACCAGUCCUCAGGAGUCGCCGUUGGAUCUCUCGAUGAAGAACCUGAUGGCGACUGCCGCGGCGGCGGUCGCCGGAAGACCACCAGCUCUGCAGCUGCUCCCUCCCGGGAUAGUGUCGAGGGGUUCCGUGAGCGUGCCCGUGGUGAAGGGCGACGUGGCGUCCCCGACGACGAAGGAGAGCGUCGCCGUUCGUUACAACCUCGAGGUCUCGCCCGUGGUCGAGGAGAUGCCUCCUGGCGCCGACGUGGCGUACGUCUGUCCUGUCUGCGGUCAGAUGUUCAGUCUGCACGAUCGUCUCGCGAAGCACAUGGCCUCGAGGCAUCGCAGACAGGGUCCCCAGGACGCCUCCGCCAAGGCGUAUCUCUGCGACGUCUGUAAGAGGAGUUUCGCCAGGUCGGACAUGCUCACCAGACACAUGAGGCUGCACACGGGCGUUAAACCGUACACGUGCAAGGUCUGCGGCCAAGUAUUCAGCAGGUCGGAUCACCUGAGCACGCACCAGAGAACGCACACGGGUGAGAAGCCGUACAAGUGCCCGCAGUGCGCGUACGCGGCGUGUCGCAGAGACAUGAUCACCAGGCAUCUGAGGACCCACGCCAGAUUCCCCGACGCUCAGACGCCUAAAACAGAACCUGGCCUCCUUGCCGGCGAGGACAGCCCGAUGUUCGCGCAGGAGAUGGCCUCGCCGUCGGCCACGAUCAAGGCCGAAUGACGACGGCAGGCUGGAUGACCACGUUUCUCUGCCGCGAUCCAUGCGGUUCUCGAGGAAGGGGACGUCCGGCUACGACGGAGAGGCUCUUGGCCGCCGUCGCGAGGUCCCAGCGACGUCGACGACUGGACGGGGGUUGAAGAGGUCAACGGCGGAAGGCAAGGGAUCGAUCUAUCCUGGAAUCGACGCGACGGUUCGCGAGAAUCGGAGACGAAGUCGCGGUAGAGUCGACGCGUUGACUGUCCGUUGACGGGCACCCGUAUCUCGAACGCCAGCUUCGUUUAGUUCUUUGCUUUUGGAAUUUAAUAUUUCAAGUAGCAAUGAAGAAUGUGGCAUUACUUAAGAGACUUAACGUGUUUAUCGCAAAAUUAAGAGAAAAGAAAAGGCUGAUGGGGCUUGCGUUUAAGGUACAAACGCGAUGGUCAAGGGCGAUUUCGAGUUAGGGAUCCAUUGAAUUCGGAACGGAUAUUGUCCGUGCUGAUAACAUAAAAAAAUUGUUGGUGCAUAGUACUUAGAAAAGAUGGUAGCCUAUUUAUCGCUAUGAAAAUCUUGUCUCUCUUAGAAUCGUAUUCGCGAUGCCAGUUACGGACAGUCAACGCGUCGAGAGGGUAGCUUGGUAGUUUUUAGUUAAGAACUGCGGUUUCUUUAUUGUUGCUUUUAUGAGAAGAAAUAAGGAGAUACAUUUUUUUUUUUGAAAAUGUAAAAUUUGAUCUGCUCGUCGUUGAUUCGAUAACUGAAACUAUUUUUUAUAAAAUAUUCAGAGCGUAUAGAUAUCGUCUUAUAAAAUUGAGAUUACCAGACUGCCCUCUUAACAAAAUUCUAAAAUUUUCGUAUAUUUUGUCUUAUAUCUUGAAGUCACGCCGUCGGUCUUUGAAUCAUACGCGAGUCGUUUUAAGGCGUGUUUGAGACUUCUGACAGUAUUACCGUAUCUCCUCGUCUUCCCCGUUGCAUCCCUAAAAAUUGCGCGACGCGCAUCUUUCGAGGUUCUUUGUCGCAAGUCAAGGACCGCUCGUGGCUCGUUUCAGCAACGUUCGACGUUUUCAGCUAUAGUACGUUUCAUUUUACACUCUGUAAAGUCCAGAGUUCGUUAACUUCCCUAUUUUUUUUUUGUUUUCCUAUUUUACUUGCGAAGAAGAUAGUUCGCAUUUCCUUUUUAUUUUAGUCGAGUCUCUUGCGCACGAAAGCAGUGUUUUUUUUCCUUUUGCGCAAGGAAUAUGCGCCGCGUGCGGCGAUUUAAAACUUUUAACCAAUUUUUUUUUAGCUUUUCUGGAAUUUCCUAGAAUUGCCUCGUUGCUGGAACUUGUUCGAGUGGGCAACCUCCGUCGAAACCAAGACUACUCUUCCUCGGUCGAUACUCGUACACUCGAAACUCAAGCGAUCUAAAAGCAUUCCCACUAAACCGCGCGCCACGAAGAUCCACGAAAACGGUGCUUAAGCAAAUUUGUAGCCUUCACGUCGAUAUCGAUUCUUUCGUUUUCGGACACCAGAGAUGGGCAAAGUUGUUGUCCUGUGAUUGCCUUUGUACGUGCAUCUGUUUGUUACGUGAAAUAUAUACAUCUACGUAUGGUGUAUAUAUUUGUAUAUUUUAAUGUUUUUAAUUCUCGAUUACGCGCGUUGAAAGUGGUCAAAGGUGUUCGGUCGACUGUCGAAGAAGUAAGUGCCAAAUUUUUUCGGUCGAGAAACGGUUGACGAAUCUGUUAGUGGUAUCCAGAGAUGGGCAAACCUAUAUUAAUUACUCGUAACUAAAAUAAAAAAGUCACAACGAAUACAUCUUCCUUUUUUUUUGCGUUUAAACAAACACUUAACGUUAUUAUUUAAAUAAAAAUUAGAAUUCGAGUUGCAGGAAAAUUGCAAAAAUUACGAACAAUAUUUUGUUCAUCUCUGACGGUGUUCCUUUUACCUAUCGUUGAAAAGAGACAACGAUUUCCAAGCGAGAAAUGUUUGUUUAUCGGCGGUGUUCCUCUCGAAACUCGUCUAUCGUCGAUUUCGAGAAUCAAAAAUCGUCGAUUCGUCGAGCGAUCCAGCUCGAUGCUCGUACGCAAUCCUCGAGACGAUUGUUUGAAUGUUAGUAUAGUACCGAGGUUGCGUCGGUAGAGUUAGUUGUUAACGAUCGAACAGGAGAGAAUGUUUUUUUAUUGUGCGUUGCGAUAUUCCUCUUGAACGGCGUCGUGAUAUAUAUUUAUCGAAAAUUCGUUGUUAGGCGCGACUGAGAAACCGUUUUUUGAAACGUUGUACGAGGAAAUUGAAGCUCAAGGAUGGAGAACUCGAAGCGAAGAAAGAGGGUUGGGAGUUUUUCCUGGCGAAUGAAAGUAGAACGAACGUAACCGUACCU